AUGAACAAGAGUGCUUUGGCUCUUGGUCCCGAAUCUUCCACGAUUGACCUGCUUGUCGACCACAAAAUCGCACCGACUUCGGCAUGGAGUUUGGAUUACGGAUCGACCUCUGAGCUCUACCCCCGUGAUGGCCAGCUCAUUUUCGGCGGCGUCAAUGAAGCGCGUUUCAACGAGACGAAGAAGACCGAGUUCACCAUGUGGGGAGCGGGUGCGCCUGUGCCAUGUCCUCUGCAGGUUCUCAUUUCCGAUAUCGUCCUGACGAACGAAGACGGCGAUCACUCGCUCUUCAGCGACGUCGGCACGCGAGUUUCCGCCUGUAUCGACACGGUCCAGAACGACUUCACUUUCACCCCGAAUAUGUUCUCACGAUUCCAAAACUUCACCAACCAUACCACAACAUUCAACGGCACCACAUAUAGCCAGUCGACAUACCCCUCCAGCCUCGAGUCCAUGAUCGGAACCCUCACAAUCAAACUCACAAAUGGUUAUACCACAGUCAUUCCUCACUACGAGUUGGUCUCCCACGAGCGUGGAACCGACUCUCGUGGUAGAUAUGCCGUUACGAACAACACCCACAUUCAGGCCACCGUCGGUUCAGGCCUGAGCGAUUUGGGCAACAAUGUCCCUAUUCUCGGAGGUGUUUUCCUCUCCCAGAACUACCUGCAUGUCGACUACGCCGCGGGCAAGUUCUGGCUGAGCCCUCAAGUCGCAAAUGGCACAUUGGCAGACAACAUCACAUCAACUUGCAACGGCACGAGUAGCGGUACCAGUGGAGGAACUGCAAUGGGUGUCAAAGUCGGUGUCCCAGUAGCCAUUGGCGCUGCCUUGAUAUUCUUCGUCGCGCUCUGGUUCUGGUUGAAGAAUCGCAAGCGGAACCCCAAUGCCGGGGUUGCCGGAACGAGGGCCAUUCCUCGAUCAGAAAAGCGGGACGCCCCAGACUCUAAGUCAUCGACAACCCGGUUUGCUGGAUACCAAAACUACCACGCCGUAAAUCCAGAUAAUCACAUGGAGCUCGAGGGCGACAUGGGCGCAAGGCGAGCAGAGCUAGAAGAGCCCGCUCCUGCAUAUUCAAGAGCGUCGGAGUGGCCCCGCAUGAACUCAAUUCAAGGAGAGAAUAUGACAUAUUACUCCCAAUCACCAGAGGAAGGCGAGAGUUACGAGCUGGCGGAUACUUCGCCGAUGCCACCACAACCGCCGGUGUUGGCAAAUCGGCCGCCCGCGAAGAGGCAAGACACUGCCGUGUCGGCCAUGAGCGACCGUGACACUUUUACACAGAGUCCGACUGCGUUACGAAAGCAGAUAUCUAAUAUCGACGACAUGGUGUCGCCAACUAGUACACGGGCAAACAGCACGAGACGUCCUUUUUAG